AUGUCUCGUCCAGAACACCAAGCACCACCAGAAAUUACGUAUAGAGCUCUCGAAUUAUUAAAUUUACCCGAGAAUGAACCAGCUUUUUUACUAGACAUUGGAUGCGGGUCGGGUUUAAGCGGUGAAAUAUUAGAUGAGGAAGGUCACAUUUGGGUUGGGAUGGAUAUUUCACCUUCCAUGUUACAAGUCGCAUUGGAACGAGAGGUUGAGGGUGAUCUGUUCUUACAAGAUGUUGGCCAAGGGAUGGGAUUUCGCCCAGGUACAUUUGACGGCGCGAUAAGCAUUUCUGUCCUACAAUGGCUAUGCAACGCAGAUCACACCUCACAUAACCCAAAAUCACGGCUGAAUAGAUUUUUUUCAACAUUGUAUUCAUCGUUGCGCCGCGGAGCUCGCGCCGUAUUUCAAUUCUAUCCCGAAAAUGAUGACCAGUGUGAAUUAAUAAUGAACGUCGCCAUGAGAUGUGGAUUUGAAGGUGGCCUUUUGGUCGACUAUCCAAAUAGUAAAAAGGCGAAGAAAUAUUUUCUGUGUUUAUUCGCCGGUCAAAGCGCAUCAGGAGCUAAACAACAGAUGCCAAAAGCUUUAGGCGAAGAUGUCGACGGUGAACCCAACACCGUGGUUUAUUCGAGUCAGAGGUGA